CUUGAUUCUCACCUCCCUACUCAACUCUUCGAAAGUUGUUCACGGACAUGGUUAAAUUUCUCUUCACCAAAGAAUGCUGACGAAGCUACGUGCGAAGCUCUGCUGUUCCCAGGCUGAUGGUGACGCUGACGAGGCCGAACCUGCCAUUCCCCAUGCGAAACACUCGAAUGAUGGAGGAAACACCACACCUGCCAAAAGAAGCAAUUCUGAGGCUGCAAGCACUCCGCCAGAUCACGCCGCUGCCUCACCUAAGGAUCUCUGGCAAGUAGCAUUUGACAACCUAGACCCGAAACAAAAACACUGGUUGUCUAAAGAGGAGAAGACGCCGACCGAAAUCAUUCGGGAUGUCAUUGGCGAGACAAAAAGUAAAUAUACCGAGUAUAAGAAGAAAGAGUUGACCAUCCGAAGACAUAAUGGGGGUGAGAUCAAAGUCCGCGAAAUCGCUCAAAAUAUCCUGGCGUCCGCAUUGAAUGCGCAGCAGAUAAUCACUGCGGUUGCGAGCUUCGACCCAAGUGGACACGCGUCAAGCGCAUGGACGAUAGUAUCGCUAGGUUUGACGAUGGUCCAGAGAGAUAUUGCGCGCAGAGAUGUAAUCAUAGAAGCCUCCGAAUACUUGGCGGAACAGCUAGCAUACUUCACUGUCCUAGAUAGCGACCGCCGAUACACAAAGGCUUCCGUGGACAAGCAGCUAGAUGGUGCUCUUGUGGGAGUCUAUACAGCAAUACUUGAAUACACGGCGGAAGUGAGAAAAAAAUAUCACGAAAGCGGCUUUGCUCGCAUAGGAAGCACACUCAUUCCCCUUACCGAACAGCCACUGCAAAAGCUUCGCACAGCUGUGGAAAAUAAAAUUAUAGUGGUUGACAAAUGGGCUACCAUCACCGAUCGCACAUAUCUGAGGGGACAGGCUGCGGACAUCCUUACGGCUAUUGACAAGACGGUCGAGGAGCUCCAGAAACUUCAUUCCACUGUACUAAAAGCACAGUUUUUGACUUUGGCAGGUGUCGAGGAUAAAGGAAUACUUGAAUGGCUAUCUCAGUACGACUUUUCCAAAGCACAGAACGACACUCAGUAUCACAGAUCACCAGGGACAGGUGAUUGGCUUUUGAAUUCAAAAGAAUAUGUGAGGUGGAAGAACUGCCCAGGUAGUAUAUUAUUGUUACAUGGAGUGGACAUCCAACGAAUUUGUAUAGCCGGUUCGAACACGCGGUUCGCUUACUGGUAUUUCCAAUUCAAUGAUCCGUCAUCACAAAGAGUUGAGAAUAUGCUCAGGACGAUCAUCCGUCAGCUUCAUUCGACUCCACUCGACGAGCCUAUCCGGAAUCUUUGGAGCGACUAUGGUACCAAAGGAAGCAAUCCAAGCAGUACAAGGCUUCAGGAGACUCUUGAAAUACUGCUUGCUGCCAACAAAGGGAAAGUUUUCCUAAUUUUAGAUGCGCUGGACGAGUGCCCCGAGGCAGUCAAUCGCAAGGAAAGGAGUCUUCUGUUGCCACUGCUUACUGGACUUCAGAAGAAAUACAGUGAUAAAAUUCAUAUCCUUGUGACUAGUCGACCAGAGCCAGAUAUAGUUGAUCACCUCGUGGAAUGUACAGCCUUAGACAUCGAGGGAAAACAGGGGUCUGAUAUUUCGGCCUUCGUCAAGGACAGGGUUGAGGCUCUGGACGACAGGAGAGCUCCAAAGGAAGUGAAAGCACAGAUAAUUCAGGAACUGCUACAAGAUGAGAAAAGGCGAUUUCGCUGGGCAGACCUUCAACUGAAGCGUCUCGAAGAAUGUCGCAACAAGUCUCAAAUCAUAGAAGCAUUGAGAACAAUGCCACAGACGUUGCACGACAUAUAUACUUCUGUAAUAGAAAGAAUCAACACGAAACCCUCCGAUGUUAUAUAUGCCGAAACAAUCCUCACCUGGCUCUGUUUCAGUGUCAGACCUCUCACCCUGACUGAAGCAGCAGCAGCAGCAGCAGGUCUUGAGGUCCCAGAGGACGUGAUCAAAAUCUGCACGACUUCAUUCGUCACAUUUCGGCACUCGGAUAACGAGAUAAGAUUAGCUCACUUCUCCGUGAAGGAAUUCCUCGUGGGUAGCGCGAAUACUGGGCAAUGGCACCAAUUCUCCACCUUGCAUGGGCACGCCAUGCUAGCUGAGCACAGCCUGAGAUUACUCCUGCAAAAGACGAGGAGGCUGUCUAUACAGGAAGUGAAGCAAGAAGCGCUGCUAAACUAUGCUGCUCGUAACUGGCACGAGCACUUCAAUGCUUCUGCUGUUACCCCAAGCCCAGCACUCGAAAACCUCCAAGAGAUGGUGGAUAUGCUAUUUCGUCAAUCAACUGCCUACCGCAACUGGCGUUAUAUAACGACAGAUUUCACGGAGGGAGAUGUACAGCCAACCCCUAUCGGUAUCGCAUCGGGCUUAGGGCUCAUUCAAACUGUGAUUGGUUUACUAGAAGAAGGCGCGGACCCUUUAGAGUGCUUCGCAUAUCAGUUCAGAUGGGAUUUUACCCGGGCUGUAAAAAAUGCGUUACUGAUGGCUUCUGAAAGUGGGCAUCUGGACUUACUGGAUUUACUGCUGCACAAGGUGUGCGUGUCUAUUGAUUUAGCCGAGGGCAUAGUGAAAGGUGUUCGAUGCCAUGCUUCUGAAAGCGAGAAGCUGGAAGAUAUAUUUGACACAUUCUCAGCUUCAGGUGCUAUUUUCACUAGAACCGAGAACAAAGGACUUCAGAUAAAUGAGCGCGUUGUUGUCGCUGCGGCGAGGAACAUGGUUUGUGGUACGAAACUUGUGACCGUCCUCCUUGAUCAGUACGAAGAAACAGGAGUUGCGCUUGUGCCUGUGACAGAGAACGUAAUGGAAACGGUACUACAAAACAUGGCGUGUGGAGGCGAUAUUUUGCAGCUUCUUCUCCAAAGGCGAAAUGAUGAUGUCAAAAUCUAUUCAAGAAUCAAGGAGAUGCUGAAAUCCUCGGACUUUAUGAACGUGCGCGCAAUCGCAAUACUUCUUGCGCAACGGCGUGCAGAGAUUGUGAUAGAUGAGCAGUUCAUUGCUAAUCUUGCGAGAUACGCGGGCGGCACUGAAAUGGAAAUACUCUUAAGUGUAUUGGACAACGAUUCGAUGCUGACCGAGAAUGUUCUGGCGAGCGCUGUUCAAAACCGUAGCGAUGUCUUGCGUCAGAUUCUCCGGCAUCGACGGCAUUGGCCACCAGUUAGCGAGGAUCUUCUGUGUGAAGCAGCGUGUAACGGAGAUAGCAAAAAGCUGGAAGCCUUGCUAGAUGAUCGUGGUCUGGAUUUUGCAAUGAGCGAAAGAGUCAUGCUGGAGAUUGUAGGCAACCUAUUUUAUGGAGCUGAAAUGCUCGAAAUGCUCCUGCGCAGGCAGCAAGCAGGAUUUAUCGUUACUCCCGCAAUACUGGACACGGCAGCCUCCCAAGCAAAGACUAAACAUGCUGUUGAAUUACUUAUGAACAACGGAGGCUUGAAAAUUCCAAUCACUGAAGGCAUGAUGCUCAGAAUUUUUUGUGAUGACUUGCUGUGCUAUCUCCUGGAUCUUGAAGAAAGGUCCCAGAUACAUCCUCUUCCUAUCACAGAAAGGUUCAUAUUGCAUGCUGUGAAAACCUUUGAGUCUGCCACUCUGAAGGCAAUUUUCCGCAGCAGACCAAAGAUCCACGUGAGCGAAGAUGUAUUUGUCGAAUCAUGCCGUGGCGAAAUGUCGACUUUAAAGGUUUUGAUGGAACAACCGCAUAGCCAAUUGCCAGUGACGAGGAUGGUCGAAGCUCUAGAAAUAGAAGAUGGUCAAAGGCCAACAGAGAUACUUGAGUUUCUGUUGAAUGAGAGGUCCUUUGAAGUUGACCAUGGGAUUAUAGAAAGAUUUGCACAUAAUACCUCCGCGUUGGAACUCCUGCUGCAGACAACACCCCGUGUACCCAUCACAGAGCAAGCCGCCAUCCGAGCAGCUUCCGGUUGGGGCGAGGACCAUCCAUUUUGCGUUCUGCUCAAUGAGCGAAUAGAUGAUGUUCCAAUCUCAGAAGGAGUCAUGACUGCUGUGGUAAGAGGAUAUCGUCGAGUUGAAAUUUUGCGACGUAUUUUGGCACAUCAUGGCCCACAGGUACCGAUCACAAAGAAGGUUAUAGUGGCAGCCUCGACCACAUUAGAAGCUUUACAACUUCUGCUUCAAGCACUAGGGCCCGAGACACCUCCUAUGAUAACCGAGGAAGUUGUUGUGAUUGCCACUUAUGCAGAUUUGUCCGCAUUACCAUGGUUGCUUGAGAAGUAUGGCUCGGCUGUACCACUUACUGAAAGAGUCAUGGUUUUUGCCGCUGCAAACGGCCUUGACGGGCUACAGUGGCUCCUCCGUGAAUGGCCUGGCAUUAUAGACCUUAACCACAUUUGGAGAGCGAUCUGGAAGUUUGAUCAUGACUUCUGUAAUUUCUCCUAUGGUGGGGUAGAUUUCGAAUUGCCAUGGGUUCAGGUGAGGGCUGGUCGGCAUGUUGUUCAGUAUUCUAAAGCAGUCGAUCUCUCGGAGGAUGUCUUUCUGGAUGCCCUGGCCUCAUCUGCUUUUGAUGAAAAGUUAAAUGGGUACAGUGGCUUGGUUCCUCUGAUUUAUAUAUGUCUCGAAGGGAGGCUACCUGUUUCCGAACCAGAUCGGUUGGUAAAGGCAGUGAUGGAUAAUUGCGAUGCUGAUCUUAUCAAGGCUAUCCGUAAGCUUGUCGAGGGGUUUGAGUUGAGAGCCGAACUCAUUGAAGGGGGGUUCGGGGAAUUGUUGUUAUCGCGCAUUAGAGAGAAACAUGGCAUAUCGGCGCCUGAGCAGUAA